AUUGAGCUCACUCGAGUUUCACUUUCCACACGCCAUGGGUUACUGGUCGGAGACGCGGGCCUGGCUCUUCCGUGAUCCAGCCAAGCUCAUCCGCUACUUGGUUCUCUUCAUCUGCUGCAUUGUGGUCAUUGUCCAGUUGUACGAUUGCUUCGCCAAGCUCUACAAUCCACCCAUAUCCACUCACUCCUACUACAGCCUAAACGAAACCAUCGAAAUGCCCGCGGUCACCAUAUGUCGGGAACCGCCCUAUAAGGAGGAGGUGCUAACGCGCCUUUCCGGCGGUGCCUGUCCACAUCCAAAAUAUGCAACCUGCUGGAUGAAAUAUCCGUUUGGAGAAAUAUCCCUGGAUGAGUUCUUUGAAAAUAGCACACAUGAUUCGGGUGACACUUUUGUAUUUUACGGUCUAAACGAGGACAGAAACAAUGUGGUCAUGAACAGCAGUCUACACUUUUACAUGGGUCGGUGCUACACGCUUAGACCCAAGGAAUCCGCGAAGAGAGUAUCAAAGGCUGUAGGUUACUCCAUAAUGCUAGAACAUUCUAUAUUGACCACAUCCGUCAGCGAUGUGGACACAGGAAGUGUUGGGUGGCAUGUCUUCAUACACGAUAAGAAAGAGAAUUUUACAGAAAUCAAUAUGAAGGGUUCUGGUCGAGUGGAGUAUGUCUUUGUCAGUGUGAAUGAGGAAAUCGAGAUCAAGCUUCAAACCCAAUACUUCUCCAAUGUUCAGACGCGAGAAGAGGCGUGUUCCAAUGAUGAGGAUUACAGUGACUUAAAGUGUGGUGAACAAUGCAUCUGGCAGGAUUUGGCCGAUAAUAUGCAGUGUUCGGGACCUUGGAUGCAUGAGGUUGCAAGUGAGCCCUGCAAUGACUCCCUUUCCAUGAGGAAACUGAUAUCGGAUUAUAAGGAUGUCUAUGAAAAUGAGGAUGACUUUGACUGCGACUGUGUUCAGCCCUGCCAAUCGAGAAUAUACACAACCUUCAUUCAGAACAGAAAGGCUUUCAAUCAACCAGAGCCACGCACCCAAAUCUACAUAUACUAUACAACGAAACUGAUAUCGAUGAUUGAAGAGCGACCCAGCUAUGACACCACACAAUUUAUAGCCGAUGUGGGUGGUUCCCUUGGAUUUCUACUGGGCUUGUCUGUCCUGGGGUUGAUUGGAAUACUGGAACAUAUGACGCUCUUUUUCUGUGGCGGAUUCAUUAAGAAGAUGCAGCAGAAGGAGCAGGCGAAGUUAGAGGCAAACUCCGAGGAUGGUCAAUCCCAAACCAGCGACGAGACCAUCGAUAUAGAAAUUGCCUAUAAAAAGAAGGAGAAGCAACCCAAAUAUUGAGUCAAUAACCAAGCUGGCUUGGAUUUGCAAUAAGUGGGAAGUACAUAUAAAGAAAACUAUUCAAAAUACACUU